AGGAUUCCGAAUCAUGAAGCUUUGAAUUCGUGUUGGAAUCGGAAAUGGUGAGUGCAGCUGUUUGCCGCCAUUAACAUCUGUUCUAAGCUAGCGAUCAUGAAUCGAUUUGUUAAGCUGUUUUACACCACAGCAAUCGCCAGUUGCCCCAAAUCCACGCAGCGCGGGUUUCCGUUAUUGCAGAAGGGAAACACACAAACAGACUUUGCACAGGAGCAUUUGUGCAGAAGGAAUGCAGUUAUACAGACUCGGAAUUUCUCAUCAGCCUAUAAAAGAGUACUAGAUGAGAAAUCACUGGAAGAGGAUGCAGAAAGAAAAAUCGGAUGGCUGUUGAAACUAUUUUUUGCUGGAACUGCAACUGUAAUUGGCUUCCACUUAUUUCCAUACAUGGGAAAAAAUGUGAUGCAGCAGUCUGUUAAACUUUUACAAGUGAAGGAUCCUUUAUUCAAAAUAAUGGGAGCAUCCAGAUUAGCACGGUUUUCGAUAGAUGAUAAAAGAAGAAUGAAAAUAGUUGAAUUAGGCGGAGUGCAGUUGCUUGCGGAUAUGUUAGCAGGUGGUAAAGAUGAGCGCACCAGAAGGCUAGCUUUGAAAGCUCUUGUUGCCAUCUCAAAAUCAGAAGGUGCGGUCGAUGCUAUACAUAAAGCUGGAGCAAUACCUGUUUGUUAUGGCUUAUAAGGUUGAUGAUUUGUUGGAAGGCCACCCCAGAUUCCAUUGAGUAUGAGGAAGUCGGAGAAUACAAAACGAACUUGCUGGAUAGAUUUGAGGAUCUCAAAUAUGAUACUUCAUCUUGAUAUAUGUAAUGACAAGAUUUUGUACUGUUUGUUAUGGCUUAUAAGGUUGAUGAUUUGUUGAUACAUCUGGUUCUCUUGCAGACAGCAUUUAGAUAAA